CUGAAGAGGGGCGGGGUUGCUAAUAUGGUUGCUUCUGUCCCGCGCUGCCUUCCUUCGUAAACCAGUUCAGGUCCAAAGACUAUUUUCUCCUUCUCCCCUCCCCACCCCCGUGCAAAGAUGCACCGCCGGGGCGUGGGGGCCGGCGCCAUCGCCAAAAAAAAGUUGGCAGAGGCCAAAUAUAAGGAACGUGGUACAGUUUUGGCUGAAGACCAGUUAGCCCAGAUGUCUAAACAGCUGGACAUGUUUAAAACUAACCUAGAAGAGUUUGCUAGUAAACACAAACAAGAAAUCCGUAAAAAUCCUGAAUUCAGAGUCCAGUUCCAGGAUAUGUGUGCAACAAUUGGUGUUGAUCCACUAGCCUCUGGUAAAGGAUUCUGGUCAGAAAUGUUGGGUGUCGGAGAUUUUUACUAUGAGUUAGGCGUCCAGAUUAUUGAAGUCUGCUUGGCUCUCAAGCACAGAAAUGGAGGUGACUGUGUUCAGUAACUCACAUGCAGGCUCCAACUUUCUGCUGCUGAAUUUCAGUGGUAAAAUGCCCUACAUGUAGGAGGCCUUCUGCUCCCAUUCCCACCCUAAUGAAAAGUAAUGUGUUUUUUAGGCCAAUUUCAGCCUGAUUUUUUGUUUUUCUGCAAUGUUAAGAGAGUGGGAAACCCUCGUAUUCUCAUCACCCCCCUUAAAAUCCAACUGAAAGUUCAUUCUGCUGUGCCUGGUCUGGUGAUGUCACUUCCUUUCCAGUGAUGUUACUUUCGAACCUUGGAAAGUUGGGUUUCUAAAUUACAACCCCUAAACCUGCCUUCCAUGCCCACCUUUGCAGUAAUGCAUCCCUGUGAUUAUUGCAGCCUCCAAAUUUUCUGGAUACACUAAUGCAGUCUUCCAGAAAUAUUAACAAUGUAGUCUUAUGCAUUACUAUUCAGGAGUAAAUUCCAUUAAUUUAAGUAUGUACAACCAAAUAUAAAAUCCUCACCACUUUUGCUACCAAGUAAUCUGUUUUUAACUUUAGGGGCACUUAUUUUGAGAGACCAUCCAUAGAUCUUUACUGCAUAUCUCCCAUGUAGUAGCCUACUUCACACAUUCUGCUAAGUCAAGGAUGGGUGGACUACAUGCAGCCCAGUAGCUCUUUUAAAGACGCCAGUGGGUAGUUCUCUGUUUCACGAUUAAGGGAUAGCUCUCCUUUCUCUCCCCAAAAUGGUGAGAAUUUUGACUGUAACUGCUUUA